UCUCUCUCCCAUUAACAUUACCCCUUAACAUUAAUCAUCUUAGUGUUCUUGUACCUCUGUUCCUCUUGCAUCCGUGAGAAGAGUCACCGGCGGCCAUGGCGACCGAAAAGGUCAUCAAGAGCAUUGUGUCUCUCCUCGGCUACGGAUUCACUAUCGUGCAGCUCUUUGCUUCAGGAGCUAUCACCUUCCGUCAGAUUAUCCAGCAAGGCACCGUCGGCGAGCACACCUGCUAUCCCUACGGCUUGACGUAUCUCAACGCCGUCGCAUGGAUAGCCUAUGGUGUGCCCAUGCACCGUUGGGUGCUCGUUACUAUCAACACCAUCACUGCAUUCGUUGAGGCUAUCUACAGCAUCAUUUACCUUGUUUACUCCAAUGAACCAAAACGAGUUAUAGCAUCGGUAAUGUUGCUGGUCCAGAUCAUAUUUACUGUUGUUUUGAUUAGCCUCGAAUUUGUUGUCUUCGACCGUGAUCACAGCUCUCAAGCAAGGGAGAAGACAUAUGGACUAUUGGGGGCUUUCACGGCCGUUUUCAUGUACGGUUCGCCUGUGUCUGAUGUGGUUACUGUGGUGUUAACCUAGAAUGUCCAGGUCCUGAACUCUUUGUUAGCAUUCUCGUUCCUGGGUGGUGCCAUCAUGUGGACAGUCUUUGCUGCGUUGAAACCGUCUGAUGGUUACCGGCUGGUGUCUAAUGUAAUCGGGAUAGCAUGCGCAGCUGCACAGUGUAUGGUUUGGGUGAUCUACCGCGACCGCAACAAUGCCAGGGCUUAACAUCGACAAGUUCGCUGUGAGAAUUAAGAAAUCUGAGUGUGUUCUGAAAGAGAAGGGGCAUCAGGGCAUGUACUCCAGGACUUCUUAAAAUUCGUGAGUAGUUCUAUGUGAUGGAUGUAGUUUCUGAUCACUUUUUUGUGUGAUGGAAUGUAGUUUCUGAGUUCUUCUGUGAAGGAUGUAUCAUUUUAGAAACUAU